CUUGGUCUGCCUAGAGACGAGAGUUAUACACAGGAGAUCAGAGUGACACUGCAAUGAAAGGAGACGCUGCCAAAGCAGGCCUCCCGAAUGGCACCAGACAAGCAAAGGACCUUCUGCCCACCUCGGAGGAGAAGAUGGAGGAGCGGGGCCAGUGGGGGAACAAGGUGGAGUUCAUUUUGUCAGUCGCCGGCUCCAUCAUCGGCCUGGGAAACAUGUGGCGCUUCCCUUAUCUCUGCUACAAGAACGGAGGAGGUGCAUUCCUCAUCCCCUACAUGAUCUUCCUGUUCACCUGUGGCGUUCCUGUAUUCUUCCUGGAGACGGCACUGGGCCAGUACACCAGCGAGGGAGGCGUCACCUGCUGGAGGAAGAUCAGCCCCUUGUUUGAAGGGCUUGGCUAUGGCACACAGGUGAUAGUGACUCUGUUGAACUUCUACUACAUCAUCGUUCUGGCCUGGGGGAUUUUCUACCUGUCUUUCUCCUUCUCCUGGGACCUGGCCUGGUCCUCCUGCAACAACACAUGGAACACAGAAAAUUGUGUGGAGUUCCAGAGGAGAAACACCUCAUUCAACCAAACAAUCAACCUAAAUGCCACCUCUCCUGUCAUGGAGUUCUGGGAGAGACGAGCGCUGAGGAUUUCCCCGGGCAUUGACCACAUGGGAUCUCUGAACUGGGACCUGGCCCUUUGUCUGUUCAUAGCCUGGGUCAUGUGCUACUUCUGCAUCUGGAAGGGGACGAAAUCAACGGGAAAGGUGGUCUACUUCACUGCAACCUUCCCCUAUAUAAUGCUGAUAGUGCUGUUGAUCAGAGGGCUCACCCUACCUGGGGCUGCGAUCGGCAUCAAGUUCUACCUUUACCCAGACCUGGGACGACUUGCCGACCCACAGGUGUGGAUGGAUGCCGGCACGCAGAUCUUCUUCUCUUAUGCUAUCUGUUUGGGGUCGCUGACUGCUCUGGGAAGCUACAACAAGUACAACAAUAACUGCUACAGGGAUUGUCUGUCUCUGUGCUGUCUGAACAGCGGCACCAGUUUUGUGGCUGGCUUUGCAAUCUUCUCCAUCCUGGGUUUCAUGGCCUACGAGCAGAAUGUUCCCAUCUCAGAAGUGGCAGAAUCUGGUCCUGGUCUGGCCUUCAUAGCGUACCCCCGUGCUGUAUCCAUGAUGCCUUUCUCUCCUCUGUGGGCCGCGCUCUUCUUCAUCAUGAUUGUUUUCCUUGGGUUGGACAGUCAGUUUGUGUGCGUCGAGAGCCUUGUGACAGCGAUAGUCGACAUGUACCCUGCUGUGUUCCGACGUAAAAACCGUAGGGAGCUCUUCCUGUUAGGGGUCAGCUUCGUCUCUUUCUUGAUGGGCCUCAUCAUGCUGAUGGAGGGGGGCAUGUAUGUCUUCCAGCUCUUUGAUUACUAUGCUGCCAGUGGCAUGUGUCUUCUCUUCAUGGCCAUCUUUGAGACUGUCUGCAUUGCAUGGGUCUAUGGUGCUGAUCGCUUUUAUGAUAACAUUGAGGACAUGAUUGGUUACCGACCUGGACCGUAUAUCAAGUACUGUUGGAUGUUUUUGACCCCAGCGACAUGCGUUGCUACAUUUGCAUUCUCCCUUAUCAAAUAUACUCCCCUGAAGUAUAAUAAUGAGUAUGUGUACCCGUGGUGGGGCUACGUCAUUGGCUGGCUGCUUGCUCUCUCCUCCAUGAUCUGCAUCCCGCUUUGGAUGUUGUACAAACUCAGCACCACCCAGGGGACUCUCAGAGAGCGCAUCCAGCUGCUCACCACACCCUCUGACAGCUUACCCAAAACCAAAAGGGAGCAGGAGAGGUCACUGGCCAUCUUCACUCCUGAAGUAGAGCCCCUGAAUAGAAACGGCUACUAUCCUGUGUCAGAGAAAGACUCCAACUUAUGAGGCUCCAGCGAUGAUGUGUAUGGAAAAGACUUGUUUUUGUCUGGGGGGUUUCCAUUGUUGACUUGCUGCACACUUGCCCCAUCACAUAGACAGCAGGCAAAGAAACAACAAAGUGUCACAUAAUCUGUAAUAAAGACAAGAGGUAUUCAGGAGACAAAGGGCCUACUGUGUGUUGGGUUUUGCCACACAUGACGUGCACUUCAGGGAUGGCAGUAAAAUGAUGAGAGGAGGAUAAAGACAAGAAAUCUAAACUCCCUUCAUUGUUCAUCUUUUUGGAUUACUUAGAAGUUUUAAGGAACACACAUGUAUUUUUUCAGGGACAAAGGGUAUUUUCCUUAAAAACAAUAAAAACAUCGGCCAUCAUGGUCAGCCUUUUAACAGCUUUGUUCUGAGAAAGUGUAACCUUUUUAUAAUGUAACUCUGGAUGAGGGCAUUCAAGAGACAGACACAGGUUCAGACAAAAGUUUGAAGCUACAUCCUGUUUUUUUCUUAGUAAGGAUAUGUUUUGUGCAAAUAUCAGUUUGGGAGUAAAAUGGGUAAACAGGUUUAACAUUUGUUACCAUUUAAAAGUGUGCUAUGACUUUUUUAGUCACCAUUGUAUCAUAUAUCUUCAUUACUGAUUGGGGAAAUGUUCCCUUAUUUUAUUGUCAAUAAAUACAAAGACUUUCAAUGUAUUUUUUUUUAGCCAAUGAUCUGUGUAAUGAAAAGAUAUGAGUUGUCAGUAAAAUUCUAAUGCUGUAGCACUACAAUAGCUGACAUAUACAUUGUAAUUUCAUAUUUUCUACUGUAAAAAAACAUGACUGUACAAAGAAAUUUGAAUCUUGUGAAUGUGUUUUUAAAUAAACAUGGAAAAUUU